UGUCAUGGCAACCAGGAAAUACACAAGGCUGUCGGCUGUUAUGCGUGUGUGUGUAUGUGCGCGAAUAGAAGAACGUGGUAGAUGUGCCACUACCACCAGAACCGUACAGAGGGGAUUUAUCUCUAUCUUCAAUUUGUGCAGCUUUGUAGUAUUAAAAGGGCGCCAAGAUGGCGGCCACGACGGCGCUACCCCCGGUGAAGAGCGUGGUGGUGUACAGGAACGGUGACCCCUUUUUUAGCGGCCGUCGCUUCGUGAUCAACCAACGCCAGGUGUCCAGCAUGGAGGCUUUCCUCAAUGAGGUGACCCAUAAUAUCGGAGCCCCGUUGGCCGUCAGGACCCUGUACACCCCCAGGCAAGGCCACAAGGUCGCCGACCUCCAGGACCUACAGACGGGGGCCCAGUAUGUUGCCGCCGGUUUUGAGAAGUUCAAAAAACUGGACUACUCACACACGGGUGUGAAAAAGCAGCCGGCGACGCGUGAAGACACACAGGCAAAAAUAAUCCCGAGGCCUAAUGUGUCAGCCAAAUGGAGGAAGUUCGUUCCAGUGCCCUGCAUUAUACACGUUUUACGCAAUGGGGACCUCCUAUAUCCACCCUUCCGAUUCAUCAUUCCCCGCAGCAUGCAGCAAGACCUGGAGCAAAUUCUCAGCAUGGUCACAGAGAAGGUCAGCUUACGGACAGGCGCUGUGCGAAGGUUGUGUUCAGUGGAAGGGGUCACGAUGACCUCGCCGGGGCAGCUGGAAACCGGACGCUGCUACGUUGCCGUGGGAACAGAGAAGUUCAAAAAGCUUCCAUACAUGGAGAUGUUGGUCUCAAAAGCCACAGAGAGGUAUUACCCAGGAAGGAGACGGACACUGAGGAGAAAUGUGAACAGGAAGGAAGGAAGCGGUCCAGAAGACCAAUGUAGCGAUUCCGCUCUGCUCAACUCUCCAGAGUCAGACGAGCGGAGGGUGAAGUCGACGGGUUAUGAAGCUGCCCCCCCACCGCAGGAGCAGCACCUGACGGACCUGAGAGCUGGCGACACCAGGAUUCAAAAAGCCAGAGGAACUCCGAGACCUCCCCACAGUAACGGACCCGUCUUUCGCGGCGUCUUUAAGCCGGGAGCACGGCGGAGGCGGAGGGAAGAGGUGAGAGGAGCAGAGGAGGUGCAGGAGGAUGAGAAUACAGCUACAGAAAUUCCUGUUGAUCAGAGAGCAGCAGAAAUAGUGGAGGAUGAAGAGCUGAACAUCACAUAUGACACUCUGAAUGGCACACUGAAGUUACUGCCGUCAGAGCAAGAUGAAGUGGAAACGACGGCGAUAAUACAAAGCAGAGAAGCGGAGUUUAACAUUGAAAAUCUGGAGCCUGAGCUCAACAAGAUGACUUUGAACGCUCCCAAUUCUCAUCGAGAAAUUCAGGGAAAUACUUUGGACCAUCAGGAGGAAAAGGAGGGUCCAAAAAGAGCACAGAACUACCACCAGGGAGAAGGUCUAACUGAAGAACCAUCAUAAACAAUUGCUUUUUUUUUUUGCUUUCAUCAAACUGUAUUACAAAAAAAAAAA